ACCAUUUUGUUGUCAAAUUUUUGCAAUGACUGUCGUCUGCCGAGAAUCGUACAGUUCCCAGAGUGUUCCUCUGAGCUACAGAAGGAAUCAAGAUGGGACGAUUGAAGUGUUCAAAGAAGGAAGCAAUCAUGCUUUCAGCUCAUUAGCCCAGACAUUCAGAACUGUUUUUCUGCCGCAGGGGUACCCGGAGAGUGUCAGCGAGGAUUACUUGGCUUACCAAAUAUGGGACACGAUUCAGGCGUUCUGCAGCAGUAUUACAGGAACCCUAGCAACCCAAGCCAUGCUGAAGGGAGUAGGAGUGGGUGAUGUAACAGCCACUGCCGCAGCAGCCACCAUCACAUGGCUGUUGAAAGAUGGAACAGGGAUGUGUGGUCGUAUUGUGUUUGCAUGGUAUCAAGGAUCAAGUCUAGACUGUGAUGCAAAGCGAUGGAGGUUAUUUGCUGAUAUUCUGAAUGAUGCAGCCAUCUGCAUCGAGUUAAUCUCACCAUUAUUUCCGUAUUACUUCACUGCAAUCGCCUGCGUCUCUGGAGUUCUCAAGUCCAUCGUCGGUGUGGCAGGUGGGGCAACGAGGGCAGCAUUGACAUUGCACCAGGCAAGAAGAAACAACAUGGCCGACGUCAGCGCCAAGGAUGGUAGCCAGGAAACCUUAGUGAACCUAGCAGCUUUAGUUGUGGGUCUUUUGAUUACUCCGAUGGUGUCUGGUAAUCCUUUAUUGACUUGGUUCCUCUUCUUUCUCUUCACAUUCUUCCAUCUGUACGCAAAUUACCGGGCGGUAACCUGCGUGGUCAUGAACACGCUCAACCAAGCUCGUUUGCACAUCAUCAUGAAGGAGUACCUGACUACCAGGUUCCUACAUAUCCUAAGCCCUGCUGAGGCAAAUGCAAGGGAACCUGUAUUAAGGAGAGUGCCCAGACCACUGGAAGUCAACCUUGGUGCUCAAUUCGGCCAGCUGUGUAAAAGGUGGUCAGAUAUGGAACGAUGGGCUAGCAGCAGCAGCAAUGAAAAGUACUGGCUCGGACUCGAUAGAAGAACAGGGUUCAUCAACAUUCUUCUCCAUCGUGACUGCACAAGUCAAGACAUCAUCGAGGCUUGUUUCCAGGCCGAGAUUAUCGUCAUCAAUACUGAGAACGAGGACGUAAUCAGCCAGUAUUUUGAUUCGAGGGGGGACGAUCCAGAUAAAUAUACAAAAGGUGAUCAACUACCGGCAGAUGCCAGCUGGAAAGUGGUCAGAUUGUCUGGGCUCAUGGCAGAGAGCUUGUACCCAAACUUCGCCCUCGAACUACGAAAUACCGGCUGGGUCAUAGGUCAUACGUUAUUAGGGACCAAUGAGUGGCGGGCUGAGUGGAGUAUGACAGGGAUUCCAGAGGGGAAAUCAUUCAAAAGUCUCUGAUUGGUGGAUUAAGCCCGGACUCUCCGUGCCUUAGAUUUAAUUCCGGUAACUGAGAGUAUGGUUAAAGGCACUGGACACCUUUUGUAAUUGUCAAAUUAUUUUGAAUAAUUACCAAUAGUGUUCAAUGCCUGUAACUGUUGUAAUUACAUGCAAUUCGGUGUUAUUAAUUUUUUUAAAGCAAUAAUGGUUUAAGUGUCUUGCUUAAGAACACAAGUGUCAAGACCAGGACUCGAACACACACUCAGAAACACUAGAGCUUGGGUCUAGUGUGUUUGAUGGCUCGUCAACAACACGCCUACCUGUUACAUAGCAGUUCAUAAUUUACUAGUGAUAGUGCAGUUAAUAUUGAUCCUCCACGCUAAAGUAGUAGUCCCGGCCAAUUUUCCACCUUCCGCCCAGGUAGUAGUUAAAAGGCAGGACAUUUCUUUUCAGAACUGGGAAGUCUCCCGAAAAAUUUACUGCGCGGUAUAAAUAGCAAGACACUUCUCUAAAAAACAACUCUACCUGGCAAGUAGAUAGAUAAACACAUGGUGUUAUGGGUGUU